AUGACAAAAUCAAUCGAAUAGAAAUCUGCACGCGCUUACUUUAUUCAUCGCCGUCGCCGUAGCCAGAAAUAGACCAAGACGGUACCCGAGGAUGAUUGGGACGGUGUUAACCCCCACGCUCCACAUCAUAUCCUAAAGGCAUCAUAUCUUAUACUAACGAAUAUUCUUGCGCCAAAAUUGAGGAUAACGCAGUUUCGGUCCAAAAUUAACCGAAGGAACGAAUCAGCAGUUGUGAUGCUUCGUUUCUAUUCAAUAAAGUUUAUUGGUUAUUUUAUAAAAUUAUUUUACUUGUGUUCUGUUUUUUUUUUUUUCUUAUGGAAACCGGAGUCUUUUUCAGGGAUUUUCCAUGAAUCGAUGUAAAAACAAAAAAAAAAAGGUCGGCCAGUCAGAUAUGGUGCUCCUAAAACUCUUCGUAUACUAGCGACAUAAAACACAUGGCUAUGCAUGAGUGAAGCAAAAAAAAAAAAAAAAAGGUUUCGCACGAGGCGUUCGAUAAUCGAAAUUAGACAAUGAAUAAUGUAGGCUACCAAAUACAAGGCAAUGUGCUUUUUUUAACAAAGAAUAAAGAGUCCCGCACGAAUUUACUAAAAUAUUAUUACGUUCCAACACAAAUACUUCAAUGAGUUUACACAAGAAAAAAAAAAGGAGUUGUUGAUGAGUUUUACAAUGUUUGCACGUCUGGAUUUGAUUCUCUUGUUUAUCGUUGGUAAUGUUCAGAGUUUCACUCUAAAUAUAGCCCUUUUUCUCUUUAAUAUGGCGAUAUAGCAAUUUGACAACGAAUUAUUUCAAUAGCUUUGAAUUUGAAGAAUACCGAAAGAAUUCAUUCAGGGAAAUGUAAUAUCUCCCGGUUUUCCUUCAUUCUUAACAAACUUUAUUGGACUCAUUGAAACAAGGUAUUUUAAGCCCACGCUAAUUGUUUUAUGAAGGCCAAAACGCACCAAACAAUAAACUAAUGAGAUUUUCGGGCGCGCAGUAUGCAGGAUUUCAAUUUUAAAGGAAAAAAAAUAAAUAAAGUUAUACGUGCUUUUACAAAAAUAAUAAAUAGAAAAGCAAUGGAAAUUAAUUUUCAACCCGUAUCCUUUUUGCAAUGGUUCUGAUGCCUUCCGGGGUUUAAUUAGAUAUCGAUAAAGAACAGAGUGUUAACAAAAGGCGGUCUGCCUUCGGGUAAAAACGGUAGGAAAUUCAACGUAUUUCAGACAGAGCGAAAAAACGUCCUUAGUCGGAAGUCAGAAGAAUUCCGUUUGCCGAUAGCUAAACUAGGAGAUGGGAAUAUGGUAAUUAUCUCGCAGAGGCGUACAUAACGAGUGCGAAAAAGAAUAGAAUGACAGUGUCUUACUUGAACAAUGUUUUUGACAUGCCCUUGACGAACCAGUUGUAUUUCAGAGACAUAGGCCAGACGGCGUUCUGCGGAGAUCAGUUCUAGGACCUAACCAAAAUGGCUCCUCUAAUAACAGACGUUAUUCAGAACGCUACGAUUGCACCGCAACCAACAGAGUUAUCCGGAUUGGGGCAGGAGAACCAUGCAUUCAACAUAACCAUGAUGGUUAUCCAGAUAGCUGUCAUCAUCACAGCGCUGUCUGGAAAUAUUCUGGUCUGCACCGCCAUCUUGGUGCAUGAAAGACUUCGCAGCAGUACGACAAACUACUUCAUUUUCUCACUCGCAGUCAGCGACAUUAUCACAGCAAGUAUCGCCAUGCCGUUCGACGUGGAUCAAAUACUCAAGAAGUACACGUGGGAGCACGGGGAAGCCAUGUGCAACAUUUUUGUGACGUCAUACCUCGUGGCAGCGCCCUUAUCUAUGUUAAACUUGCUUGCAGUGAGCGUGGACCGUUACCAUGCGAUAACGCAGCCGUUACAAUACCCCAACAUCAUGACGCCCAAGGUGGUCCUCACAUCCAUAUUCUCCUUAUGGGUCUACGCGAUCUUAUUUACAGUCAUUGCAAUGUUAGCGUGGCCCUUGUACGAGAAAAGUGUCUUCGACGGAGCAUGCCACUUUAACAUUAGCCCAUGGUAUUCACUUAUCAGCUCCGUGGUGAACUUCGUACUGCCGACAAUAGUAAUGUGCUUGCUGUACUUCCGCAUAUACAAAGUUGCGCACGCCCAUGCGAGGAGAAUCCGCGGACAUGAGUACUCCACUGAUUACAAUGGUCACGCGUUAAGCACUAAUGGCACAAUGUCAGGGCACGAAAGAAAGAGCAUUCGCAGAAGCAUCAAGGCGGCAAAGACAAUCGCCAUUAUUGUGUCCGCCUUUUUGUUAUGCUGGAUGCCGUAUACACUGGUAUCAUGCGCGUCCGUUAUAUGUCCACCAUGUUUUCACCGGACACCUUCCGAGUUAUUUACCGUGACACUUUUGCUCGCGUAUAUAAACUCGGCACUUAAUCCAUUCCUGUACGCUUUCCAUAAUACAGACUUCAGAGAGUCGUUUCGGCGACUAUUUAGACUACAAUUUACAUUCAUCUAGACGCUACUAGGUUCUCUUGGAUUUUUCAAUAUCGUGCGGGUUUGCUAGAAGCAAGAGGGUUUAUAUGGAGUAGUAAGCUGGAGUGGCUCAAAAGGAACCACAACUUGCAAUCCUGGCGCUUUUAGUUGAUUGAAUUUGAUAACGUUCGAGGGACUUCGAGUGGAGUUUACUGCGGUUUCCAAUAUUGUGGGAACUCUCGCAGAAGUUUUACAACGGCUAAAUCAUCUUCUGGCUUCAAUCCGUCAUUCAAAAUCCCUGGAGUACUUUCAUAGGCCAGCACUGAUAUGGUUUCCAAUCACACCACCUCUCCGCAAGGCGCUAACCAAUCAAAAAGGUUAAUAUGAAUUACGGAAGCCAAGAAGUGGUGUAGCAGUUGGAAAUCAUUGACGAGGGUUUGCAGAAAAUUGAGAAUCUCAGUCAGGCAAAAAGUGGCUGCUAAAGAAGGAAUGACAAAUUAUCAGAGCAGAGAAUCAUUAAGAGUUCUCUACGAGAAGCUGUACUGGAGAAAGACAAAGAAAGCAAUGUGAUAACAAGACAACAAUAAUGAUGAGCGUGAAAAAGCCUAAACAGAUAGCCAACAUCAUAAUGCUACGCAACAACGAACAACAGCAACAUUCAAACAAAUCCUAGUAUCAAUCUAUUUAACACUUGGCACGCAAACAAUCGUCUAGUAUUGCACAGGGAAAUAAAUCACAAGGUUGAAAUUGUAUUGAAAUUUUAAGCGUUAGCCCUCCGAACAAGGAAAAAUGCUCGAAAGGUCAGCGCAACUUCUCUGUUUUCUCAGAGGCGUAAAUAAACUUUUUCAACCUUCUGUUGCUUUUUAUUAUCUCUGAUUCCACCACGCCUAUGUAGAACACCUACAUGCAUGUAGUUGUUUCUAGUCAUACAAUUGCUGACACAGCCUCGCUUGGUUGACCACAAGUCGAGAUGCUGGCAGCGAACAUUUUUUCGUAGCGGUACCAUUUAACAUGGUGUUAAGCACAGCAUUUCUGGCGCUGUUUGAAUGAGGCUUCCAUAAGGAGGUUGGAAUAAGAAUAUAUAGAGCAAUAAAUUGAAAAAGUAAAUACUUGAGGACGCGUAAAUGCUCGAGUUUUGUUGGAAUUAAACUAAUAUUGUGCCAAGGGUUUCGGGGUCCUUUUAUUAUAGAUUUGCAAAGAGUCAACAAUAAACAUGUCUCAACAAUU